UUUUUGGAUUUACUUUGGCCGAAAGAGAAAACUCGUUUCGGUGGCGCGAAGAUGGUGAUGUUGCUGUGUGGAAUGAGGAAAAAUGUAUCGAUCUCGCGUGUGGUUGAAUGUGUUAAAAUCAAUUAGCAUACUGCUGUUGCAGCUUCUGCCGUGGUGCGUGGCCUUUGUGAAUGAAUCGUCUGUUUUCGGGCCCGAGAAGCUGCAGGCCUUCAAGAUCUUCGACGAUGAGCAGCCCAGCCAGAUCUCGGGUCGCAGCUUCGUCUGUGUUCCGUUGUUUCGGGUCUUCAGCCUGGAGUUGGGCCACAAUAUUCGGCUGGCCCCCGACGAAUAUGUGGCUGUCAGUGGUGAUCACCCGGCUCUGGGCUUCUGGCAGCUGGAGAAGGCCCUGCCCCUCAAGGAGCAGGAUAAGUCGCGGAUUAAGUGGUAUCUCAGGGUGUGGAUCUGCGCCAGCCAGAGAUUCUACUACCGCUACCUGAUCUACUCGAAGAAUGGCCAGGGCAAGAGAGUCCUGAGGAGCUGGGAGGGUCAGCGGGUGGCCAGAAUGCUGCAGACCUACGAGAUCUAUCGUUCCCCGGGCCUGGACAUCUUCGGAGAGGCCUAUCCCACAUCCGUGGGAGGGGGCUUCUACCUGGAACGCGGUUGGCUGCAGUACGAGUACGUUGUGGAGCUCAAGUUCGUCUGGCAGGAUCACUUGGUUAUAUCUGGGUUGGCGAGUAACGCCAAGUACCGCCUGAUCUUGACUCCGCUGAAUGUGAUAGACGACACCCGCAUCGAGGUCUCCAGAUAUGCCUACAAUCAGUCAUCCUUCAGAGCCCAAAACCAACGGGGAGUGCGGUAUAGUCAAGGCUCUAUCGUUGUCUUUCGCAUCUAUCAACCCUUGGACACCUACAAUGCUUUUCGGCUAUCCAUAUAUCAGGGAUCCAGGGAUAUCCAGUUAUCCUUGGGCGAGGCCUACAUAUUCCCGGAUCAAAUCAAGGGAAGUCGCGGCAUUUUGCAGCUUCCCGUCUUUGCUAGCCUACAAAAUAUUGCCAUUGGAGAGCUAACUCUGCCCUACUUGGUGGUGCAACCGAUGCCAAAAGUGGAGGCCGGAAACCUGAGGGCUAGUUUCCAUCACUAUUGGCCCGACAAUUGGCCCACGCUGGAUGUCGGAUAUCGUGGCCUGGGAGCCAGCUACUUUCAGUCCUCGACCAGCCUCACGGAAAACACAAUCGAGAGUUUUCUGGCCGUGCAAAAGGCCAAGGGAGACAUGGUCCAAUUGGAUGUGCAGCUGACCAAGGACUACAUUCCCAUAGUGUGGCAUGGUUUUGGGUUCUAUACCUCCGACACAGAGGGUUCCAUAAGGGAUCGGUUUGACCUACGAUUCGUUUUGAUCAGGGAACUAACCUACUCCGAACUGAAGGCCAGUCGGGUGUUUAUCCUAAAACGUUGGACCCUUCAGGAGUACACGCAUCUCAAUGUUAAGGAUGUCACCCAACAGCACAGGAUUUUCCCAAAACUCUCGGAGGUUUUCGAGGCGCUACCCAAAACAUUAGGACUUUUGGUGGAGAUUAAGUGGCCACAAAUAAUGGCUUCGGGUGUGCCGGAAUCUACACAGAGUCUAAACAAGAACAACUAUGUGGAUAGGAUCUUGCAGACCACUAUUCAUUAUGGAUGCGGACGUCCCCUGAUCUUCGCCAGCUUUGAUGCCGAUAUAUGCACUAUGAUCAGGCUCAAGCAGCAUGUCUUUCCUGUGAUCCUGAUGAGUAUCGGGAGGUCGCACAUCUGGGAUGCGUACAUGGACCUGAGGGCCCAGAGUUAUCAGCAGGCCAUUAACUUUGCUCAGUCCGCCGAGAUUCUGGGAACUGCUCUGCAUGUGGAGAACUUCCAGGGAAAGCAUCAGUUAGUCCACUCGGCCUUGGAUCUCGAACAAGUACUCUUUCUGUGGGGCAACGACCUGCAGGAUGUCCAUCUGUUGGAGCAGUUUCGAGCCUUGGAUGUAACUGGCCUUAUUUACGAUCAGAUGGAUCGAGUGGGUCCCUCCAGCUGGAAGCGGUCCGCCUUCUUCCGGGCUCCUCAACUGAUGGAAGUAUUUGGAGCUCAGUGCGUAACCAGCGGAAAUUCGACAAGCAUUCCGGGAAUAAAGCCAGCUAAGCCAACAAUAUGGCCAAAGUUGAGAUAGUGUUUGGGUAAGGAUAGGAAA